AUGUGGCUCCCGCGGCCUGUGCCGGACUUCCCCUCUCCGUCCAGCCGUCGUGGUGCGUGCGACAACGACGAGGAGCCAAGCGCCGUGUGGAUGAUGCAGCUCGGCAGCAACCCCCCUCUGACAACCGGCGGUGGUGUCCCCAUGCGGCGAGAUGUUGUCCACCGAAGAUGCCCUCGUCGGUGGGCGGGGUGCAGGCAAAGUGGACAACAUUACAUGCGCACACACAAAUGCGUACGCGCAUCUGUUGUCAUCGUGUGGAUGUCAGGUCGACACAAGAGGAGACAUGAUGACAUUGUGGUCAUCGCUGUCUACAUUUUAUAUCACGGAGGACUUGUAUCACUGCAUCCACGCUUCCUGAAGUCCACCGUCAGCUCAGAACUGAAGAAAGUUCAACGGCGUGUGCGGGCUGAGAGGUCCCCAGCGCGUCUCCGUCGUGUGCGUGAGGUGACGGGCAGAGAGGGCAGCUGGCCCCUCAAGAGCCCCUCCUCCUGUUUUGGCCGCCUGGCAACGGCAAAACCAUGGCGGCAAAGGCGGUUGCAUCUACGGUAAAUGAGCUCUUGCCUUCUGCCUUUUCUGCACGCCAGAUGCACCGUUUCUCAUUGCGUUGCCCUCCUUCUGCAGAGAGACCAAGAUGUCCGGGAGAGGGACAGGCGCAUCCAGACACUGUAAUCGACAAAACGACGACUCUUGCCUGCCCACCCUUUCAUUAUUGCGGCAUUGUUGUCCCCUGAUGUGCAUUCAGGCGAGCAGAAAAGCAAGCCCUCAGCCGCAACGUUGAGCGCCUCAACGACGAGGUGCAGCAGGAGAGGCAGAAGGCCGCACAGCAGGAGAUUCGGUAUGUGAGAUCUACAGGCAUGCACAGCACAGGUGCAGGGCGCUUUUGUGAUGGCUUUUUUUUUGUGUGUGUACAGGUAUAAGGCCUCCAUGACCCAGUACAGGAUGUAUAUUGCUGACAUGCUCCGGCAGAAGUAACCAACGGAAUACUGAUCGGACGCGAUUGAAUGUUGUUUUGACUCCUGCUGCAGGGGUACUGAGAGCAAGCAGAAUGAGGACGACAAGGACAACACCGACACCGGUAACGAAACGAGCAAACGAGCGGCACAGAUAUUGCACUACAGGUAUAAGGCAUCCAUGACCCAUCACAGGAUGUAUAUUGCUGACAUGCUCCGACAGAAGUAAACCAACCUAAUACUGAUCGGACGCGAUUGAAUGUUGUUGUUAUGACUCCUGCUGCAGGGGGACUGAGGGCAAGCAGAAUGAAGACGACAAGUACAACACCGACACCGGUAACGAAACGAGCAAACGAGCGGCACAGAUAUUGCACUAACAUUCGUGUUGCAUCGGUGUUUGCUGACGCCAUUCAGGCGGCCUGCCCGGACAGUUCAGCACCAAAGCCAGUGAGGACAACGAUAUCAAGCGUCACAUCACGGACAUGAUCAUCGACUAUCGCCAUGAGCCGAGGGAGGGCGAGGAGAAGCGAGUUACCUGGCGGGAUAUGAUUGGGAACGCCAGCGUCAAACAAAGUGAGUCGGGAUGAAACGGUUCACCGAUAACACAGUGGAUUCGUUGACGCUUUUUGUGUGUGCAAUGAAGCCUUCUGCAGCUGUUCGUAUGGCCGGCCAAGUAUCCACUCGAGUUCACGGGGCUGCCGGCCCCACAAGAGGGCCUUCUGCUUUUCGGCCCAUCCCGCAAAGGCGACGCUGCCCCCGUACGCGAGUCGGCCCGCAUCGCAGCGAUGCAGCAGCAGCUGUCCGCUGUCAACUAUGCCACGUUGACGGCGGACAAGGUGACGGCCAACAGGAAGAGGCAGAGGGACGCGCAGGAGACGGUGACCAAGCUGCUGGGUGCCGAGGAGGAGAGGACAUCGGAGGCAAGGAGGAAUUGCCGGAGGCUGCAGGAGAAGCGAAUCCUGGGCGAGCUGGGCUCGUACAAGAACAUCACGGCCGAGACGGUGGCAGCAAACCGCGACAGGCAGAGGAAGAGGGUAGCAAGGAGGGGCAGGCAGGCCGGUGUCUGACUGGCAUUUCUUGGGGAGGGUAGACUGGCGGUUGGUGGGGGGGCGGGAGUGGUAUCAGGGCAAACUGAUAGACUCAAUGUUUUGGCUGCGCCGGGUCGAUCGCUGACCUUUUUGGCCGCUCUUUGACUGAGCUUGAGGACGUACAGGGGCAGUGAUGGGAUAACUAGUGCUGGGAGGGGGAGGGGUGGUGUGUGUGGCCUGCCUGUCUGGGAUGUGUGUGAGUGGACGGCCUAACCGACAAGCACAAACAGACAGACAGACAGACAUACCGACAGACAGAGACAGCCGCCCGUCCUCAUGGAGGGAGGGGUGCAUACAGAUGGAUUGUGGGGGUCAAGGGAGGAGGGUGGGAGAGAGGGAGUGGAGACGUGAAAGUUUAUCGCUGCCUUCAUUUUAUAUCCGGAUGGCACGUGUUUGUCAAUGUCACCAGGACAAGAAGAUGUGAGGGACAUUUGGUGAGUGCUGCA